UGCCUAAAGCCGAGGGGAAGGGGGUAGACGGGGUGGGACACACGUUAGUGAGGAACCCACAAGUUAGUCUGCCCUUUACACACCGCUGUCAAUACUUGUAUUCCUCGCGCUUUCUUGAGACCGGUGCCUCUGUGUAUGAAACUCCCGUCGCGUUGCGAGUGGAUUAAGUGGCUGCGCCACAGGAAAGUGUUUUGCGCUUCGGUGGCGCAGAUUACGGAUGAUCUCUGUUGCCAAGGAGGAGGAGGAGGAGGUGUCGCAAAGCUGAGAAUCGCUGUCACCAAGGUUGGUGGUGCGACGUAGUCACCAUCUCCACACAACUGCCGCCUUCACCUCAGGUUGUCUCCCGGCGCCUGAGAGCCAGAUGGUGGGUGAAGCGUGGUUGUGGGGCGUGUUGGGGGUGGUGGUUGUGGUGGUGGUGGGGGGUGGCGACGCCCGCGCCGCCCACCAACACCACCAAUUGGUGAAGGAGAAGGAAGUCACCGAACAACUGGCCCUCAUAGAUAGACUGGUGGAUAUAAUGCUCAACGUCACUCGCUGUGAUCAACACAAACCGAAGGAUGAGAUCAAAACACCGAAAGGGAAAGCUGAAGAAGAGAAACCAGCUGAAGACGUCUCCGAGUGCGACUACUCGGAGCUGAGUGAAAGUCACACCAUGCUUAAGCCCAAGAAUGAUGCCUGCGAGAUCCACAAGACCCACCUGACGAAGGAGGAGAAGGAGGAGGUCCUCUUCCUCCACAACACCCUCAGAGCUAAGGUGGCGAGGGGUGAGGAGACCCGGGGAAGCCCGGGUCCUCAGCCACCUGCAGCGAACAUGCGCCAGGUGGUGUGGAACGACGAGCUGGCUGAUGUGGCUCAGGCGUGGGCGGCUCAGUGUCCGAGGGGCCACGACGCGUCCAAGGAGAGGAACAUUUGCAGCAGGGACUACUUCGUCGGCCAGAACAUCCACUACUACUGGGGCUACGACGAAGACUCCGACUGGAGUCGAGGGAUCAACGAAUGGUAUGACGAAGUGGCCGACAUGCCCAGCUCCUACGUCGCCGCCUUCCAACUCCACCCCACCAAGAAGAUUGGUCACUACACACAGGUGGUGUGGGCGGAGACGAGCGAGGUGGGGUGCGGCCUCGUCUACUACGAGGCCGAACUCAAGGGCAAGGUGUACCCGGAGAGCAAGAUCUACGUCUGCAACUACGGCGAGGCUGGCAACAUCAGGAAGUGGCCCAUUUAUGAGACGGGGCCGGCCGCUUCCCUGUGCACCAAGGGCGUGUCCCCCGCCUAUCCGGAUCUUUGUAUAUAGCCCUAUAUGCAUAGGCUACAGGGGUGUCUGGGGCUAGGGCCCUGGACCUGGGGUGGCUAGAGCCAUGGAUCUGUGUGGUUAGGGUCCUGGACGUAGGAGGCCAGGGCCCUGGACCUAGGAGGCCAGGGCCCGGAAUCUGUGGGGUCUUCAGAUAAGAACUCUCAGAUAAACUUGCAGAGAACAAGAAAGUGCUAGCACACUCUAGCUGAUCCAUUGUUUAUACGACACACAAACCCAGUAGAAAACUACAUGUUGUCACAGAUCGAAUAAGACUUUGCUACAAGUAUCUGUCACUUUAGGGGGAAUCCCACGAAAUAUUAAGUGCUUGGGCGAACACAAGGUAACACUCUAGGGAGUCUAAGAGCACUACAGCUUACACUCAGUGAAUUUAGAGUGCCUCACUCACUCUAAAUGCCUAAGUGAGGCAUUUAGAGAUCCACACACUUGUGUAGAACUCUGUUUGCACAGUAUUUCCGCUUCUAGUAAAUAGUGGAAAAUAUUAUGUCAAAAGGCUAAAAACUGGGUUCCCUGAAGCUAUUAAGAGCAGCACUUCCUCCAGCCUCUCGUAUCAAUGUUGAAAAUUAUGUUACUUCCUAAAUGAUUUUGUAAUAGUCAUAUUAUUUUGUCAUACAUUGUUCUGUGGCAGCACAAGCAGUGUUCUGUUAUCAGCAGGUGUCGUUGUAAUUAGAUAUAAGGUGUACAAAUAAGUUAUAUAAAUCAAUGUCAAUUAA